UUCUUUCCUGCCUUGAGUCUGUGUGAGGCUCUCGCUUUGAUUUUGAGGCGUUUUACAACAAAAACAUAAUAGAUACAGCGAAAGAAACGGCUCGACAGCUUUGGUAAAUUGUUUUGCUUCACGAUCUUCGGUGGACAAAUACAUAAUUUCCUGGAUGUUGAGGUGGCUGGCAGGCUAGCCAGCUAGCAAAGCUACAUAAACAAAUCACAUUUUACAAGCUGCCCAGUCUCAAGGUCUCAGCAGGUGCUGUGAAGGUGAAGUUCCAUGCUGAUUAAUGAAAGUAUCCAUCGUGCUCUCUACAAUCUACAAGACAAAUGUUUGUCUGCCUGUGGAAGAGGUUUGAUUAAGGAUACACACAUUUUAUCAACAGAUCUGUGUGCCUUGCCACCAUGUUCUGGAAGUUCGACCUGCACAACACCUCCCACAUCGACAAGCUACUGGACAAGGAGGAUGUGACGCUGCGGGAGCUGAUGGAGGAGGAGGAUGUGCUGCAGGAGUGCAAGGCCCAGAACAGGAGGCUGCUGCUCUUCCUCAGCCAGGACCACUGCAUGCAGGAGCUGGUGGCCCUCAUCACCCAGGAGCCGCCGCAGGACAUGGAGGAGAAGAUCCGCUUCAAGUACCCCAACAUCGCCUGCGAGCUCCUGACCUCGGAUGUGAACCAUAUCAACGAUAAGCUGGGCAGCGACGAGUCUCUGCUGGAGACGCUGUACCGCUUCCUGGAGCAGGAGCCCCCGCUCAAUCCCCUGCUCGCCAGCUUCUUCAGCAAAACCAUCGGCAACCUCAUCGCCCGCAAGACGGAGCAGGUCAUCGCUUUUCUGAGGAAGAAAGAUGGGUUCAUAAAUCAGGUGCUGAAACACAUGGACACGUCCGCCAUGAUGGACCUCCUACUACGUCUGAUCAGCUGUGUGGAGCCUGCCCCCUUGAGGCAGGAGGUCCUCAAUUGGCUGAAUGAAGAGAAGCUGAUUCAGAGACUCAUCGAGCUCAUUCACGCAGGGAAAGAUGAGGAGAGGCAGUCCAACGCGUCACAGACGCUGUGCGAUGUGAUCCGCCUGAGCCGGGACCAGGCCCUGCAGCUGCAGGAGAGCAUGGAGCCUGACCCGCUGCUCGCCGUGCUCGAGUCGCAGGAGAGUGUGGAGGAGCUGCUGAAGAACAUGUUCGAGGGGGAGAGGAGCGAGGCCUGCAUCGUCAACGGAACUCAAGUGCUACUUACCUUACUAGAAACCAGGAGGCCCGGGGUCGAAGGACUGAUGGACCUGUGUUCUCAGGGAUUUGAAAGGUCUUACACUGUCAAUAGCAGCAUACUACACGGUAUUGAGCCUCAUCUAGAAGAAUUCCAUCAGCUUCUACUGGAGCCUCCCAAGAAAAGUGCAAUACUGACGACGAUCGGGGUGCUGGAGGUGCCUCUGGGGAACGCCAGGCUGCAGGUGGCCCGGCUGGUGGCUGCCCUGCUGCACACCAGCACCCCCUCAAUCAGCCAGGAGCUGUGCCGCCUCAACACCAUGGACCUGCUACUAGAUUUGUUUUUUAAGUACACCUGGAAUAACUUUUUACACCUCCAAGUGGAGCUGUGUGCGGCGGCCAUCCUGAACCACUCUGCCCAGGAGGAGAAGCCGAGGUCCAGCCCAGAGAAGGAAGCGGAGGGGCCGGGCCAGAACAGCAGCCCAGAAACACCCGACAGCUCAGGACACAACAUCCUGGUUGCCCAUCUCUUCCAGAAGUGUCGCCUAGUGCAAAGGAUACUGGAUGCCUGGGAGGAAAAUGACAAAAUCCAGGCAGAAGGGGGGAUGAGAAGAGGCAACAUGGGGCACCUGACCAGGAUAGCCAACACUGUGGUACAGAACAUGGAGAAGGGCCCUGUCCACACACAGAUCAGCCAGCUCAUCAAAGAGCUGCCAGAGGAUUGCAGAGGCCGCUGGGAGAGCUUUGUGGACCAGACCCUGCCCGAAACCAACAGGAGGAACACAGUGGACCUGGUGAGCACGCACAACCUGCACUCCUCGAGUGAGGAUGAUGACAUGGAGAGCCCCUUCCCCAAUGAGCUGUCUCUACAGCAGGCGUUCUCAGACUAUCAGAUCCAGCAGAUGACAGCCAACUUUGUGGAUCAGUUUGGAUUUAACGAUGAGGAAUUCGCAGAACAUGAUGACAAUAUCAAUGCCACAUUUGACAGGAUUGCAGAAAUCAACUUCAAUUUAGAUGCUGAUGAUGACAGUGCCAACGCCGCUGUGUUCGAAGCCUGCUGCAAGGAGAGAAUACAGCAGUUUGACGACAACGAGGAGGAAGAGGACAUCUGGGAAGAAAAGGAAAUAAACUAUGCAACACAAGUCAAGUCCAGAACGAGGUUCGGGGUCUCUCGCACCUCAGACAGCUCCUCCAGGGUUGACGUGGAGAACGGCCAGCAGGACCAGAGUGACGGCUCUGACGAGGAGGAGGCGGGGCCUAAAGACGCCGCCACCGACGCGGAGAACAACAAGAACAAGAGCCAGGCGGAGAACCAGCCGGCCGACUCCACGGAGGGCCCGGGCUGGACGGCCAGCUUUGAGGAGGGGGUGAGCUCCAAGGCCCCUGUGGCCUGCGUGGUUCUGGAUGUGGGCUCCAGCGUGUGGGACUCAGCUGGUCCCAAGCACAGCGCUGCGGAGAGCGAGGACAAGGGCUGGGCCAAAUUCAGCGACUUCCAGCCCUUCUGCUGUUCAGAAUCGGGCCCCAGGUGUAGUUCCCCUGUGAAUUCGGAGGGUACCGACUCUGAGGGACGUCCGAAGCAGAGCCAGGACAAGAACUUCAAGACGUCGUCCCCGUGUGCCUGGAACGUGUGUGUCGCGAGGAAGGCUCCGCUGGUCGCCUCGGACAGCAGCUCCUCGGGGGGCUCCGACAGCGAGGAAGAGGAGGAGAAGGCCGACAUCGUCACGGAGACCGUCACCACGGGCGCUGGCAAAGACACCAUCAAACUCACCACGGAUGCCAAAAAUGAGAAAGCUGUUUUCACAAGCGGUGACGUGGACUCCGUGCCCAUGGAUAAGCUCAGCGUGGCGGACGGGCCGCAACAGGGGGCGGAGCCUGCCAGAGACCCGCCGAGCGCCACGGCCGCAGACAACACUGCGACCAGCCUCACUGUGACCGACAGGAAAGCGGAGCCGGUCUCGGCGGUGGAGCCGUCUCUGAACGGGCCGGCCUGACCGCCCCCCCUCAGCAGGACAGGUCGGACCCACGCUGUGCCGCUUCCAUUCUACUCCAAAAACCUCUCGAUGCAACUUCUGCAUUUCAAUAAUUAAUGCUGCGAUGUUAUUGGACCCUGCCAAUCAGGACCAGUGUAGGGAGGGGAUGGGGUGGGGAGGGGGUGAAGACAGGAAAAAAAAAAAAAAAAAA